AGAGUUUCCAUUCAUUCAGAUAACGCCGCUUCUUGAGGACUUUUCCUCUUCGCUGCGGAGGAAAACAAGUUUCAUGUUGCAGCAGGAGAUACCGCAGCACGUGUUUAAGCCAAUCGCACGCCACUGGGACGUCAUUAUUUCCGUGCAAAACGCUAUGAUGUGUAAGGAAUUAUUCAAGUAAGCUUUCGAUGCGAACCAGUGUGUGAGUGCAUGUGUAUAAGUGUGUGUGUGUGUGUGUGUGAGAGAGAGAGAGAGAGAGAGAGAGAGAGAGAGCUUGCCACCUGUGGCUGAAUUUCACCCUGAGCAAUCGCACAAGUUUCCCCGGAGUUGGACUGAGGAUGUGGUGUGUGCUGCUGAGCGGCGUCGUGCUGUUUCCCGGCUUGUUUCUGGCCUUUAGGAAAACCCUGCCGCUCAUAUUCAGGCACUGGAGCGAUGCCGAUGUGGUGUUGGUCAGCGAGAGGCUGGUCUCCUCUGUUCACGCCAUCAUGGCCACCACGGCUGGAAUCAUCGUGGUGUCCUCAUGCAGAGAGAACGUGAUAACAAACAGGCAUUGGCUGGCCACUUCGUUUGUCCUCAGUUAUGGAGUGCCCUAUAUGGCAUAUGACCUCUUCGCCAUGUACCUGAGCCACUACUACCGCUUCCAGGUCCAAGGCCACAAGGAUUACAGAGGACACUCACUGAAGACAAUCAGCUCAUUUGUGAGGAAAGAGUUCCUCCUGGUCCUUCAUCACAUCGCACUCCUCACCAUUCUCCUGCCUAUUACACUGUUCUUCAGGAACGACCACGGUGAUUUCUUCAUCGGUUGCCUUUUCCUGACAGAAAUCAGCACACCUUUUGUUUCACUGGGCAAAAUCCUGAUUCAGGUCGGUCUGCAAAACUGCUGGCUGCACAAAGUGAACGGUUGCAUGGUGCUGUUAAGCUUCUUCCUUUGCCGCAUUGUUCUCUUCCCCUACAUGUACUGGGUCUACGGCGAUCACUACAGCCUCCCGCUCUAUGCCGUGCCUCUGCACAUCCCGCUCUACGCUAACUUGGGCAACAUGUGUAUCCUCGCGCCGCAAGUCUACUGGUUCAUCCUGCUCUGCCGAAAGGGCUACCGUCUUUACAUGCGCCAGCGCAGCACCAACAACCAGAACUCAACCUCAUCACCUCAUUCCAAGGCAGAAUAGAGGACGGAGAUCUGGUUUUGGUAAAGAUAAAAUCAACUGAACUAUGAAGAUAUGAAGCCUGUACCAGUGAAAUGGGGGAAAAGGUAUAGAAUGACACAACUGAGUCUUGACAUUUUUAUUUGUGCUUAAUUUGUGGUGGUUUGUUUUCCAACAUGGCUUUUGUUGUAAUCUUUGCAGUUGGAGACCAAAGAUUGCCAGGCACUUUACUGAACAAUAUCUAAUAAAUACAACUUGCCAGACUCGAAUUCUUUUAGUAUAUUAAGUGUUUUGUAUACGCUGAUCUUUUUGCACAGUGUUAAAAAUAAGAACUGGUAAAAGUUUUGUUUUGUUUUUUGGCGGGUGGGCUAUGUUAAUGUUAAAUCAUCUAGGUCAUUUUAUGUCACUGCUGUAGGGGGGGUGCAUUUAAGUCAAACCCUCACUUAAAAAAGAAAAAAAAAUUCACAUGAAUGAAGGCGUAAAACCGAUUGACGUUUACAGAAGAUUUUAAUCAGAAAACAGAGUGUGAGAAUUUUUAAAAGGUGCAAAUGAUGUAAAGAAGGAAGUAUGUCUGUUGAUAAUUCCAGCUUAGUGGGAUCAUGAUGCCAACUUUUGGAGGAGACGCAUCUGUCUGUGGGAACUGUACACACAAUUAUUCACUAACACCACUUGCAUGUUACAGAAGCUUGGCUAAAAAGUUAUUUUACAUUUAUGGCAUUGGGCGAUGCUCUUAUCCAGAGGGACUUGCAUUUUAUAUCAUUAUACCAGUGCUCAUUUUGUUAAGGGUAAAGGGCCUUCCUCAAGGGCCCAACAGCAGCAGCUUGGUGGUGCUGGGGUUUGAACCUGGGACCUUCUGAUCAGUAGUCCAAAUGCUUAACCACUUAUCUACCCCUGCGCCUAGAAUUUUCUGGGAUAAGUGCAUUUAUUUAGCACGGGAUUAUAUAGAGAAAAGGUAGUUUUUACUCUCAGCUCUCUUCUGUUUCAUCUGCAUUAGCAAAAACCCCUGGUUUGACUUGAACGCCCCUCCUAUGGUUAUAGAACUUACUUUCUCUGUUACUUAUGAGAAUCAGUAUUGAGGUUGAGGCAGGUCUAUAUUGUUCUGCACCAAGAUCCUGUGCCUUUUAAACAUCUCAUGAGGUUUAUACCCCACUCAGAACAGGUUUUAAACACUUAAUGACAUUUCACACCCAAGACAAAUAUAUUACCUGCUGUUUCGCUGGAGGCAAAACCUGAACUAAAAAUGGUUUUGCCAGAAUUUGUUUUACAUUUUAAUUAAGUCAGUGUCACCCUUAUGUUUAGUAUCUAUUCUUUUUUUACUUCACUAUAUGUAAAAGUGCUUAAUCAGCUCUGUAGCCAGUGGAUUUAUGGCUGAACCCAUUAGCAAUACCUGAAUGCAUCCUGCUGUACUUGAACUCGACAGCUUCUCAUCUGCGAAAUCCUUUGAUAUUUAUUGCAAUUUCUUUAAAUGCUAGAAACAUAUUUCUCUCAUCAUCGUUGUCCCAGUUCUGGAAAGACCUCUCAGAGAUGAUAAUUAUGUGAAAGUAAUGUGGAUUUAUAUUCUUUUUAUUUUCCUUUUAAUCUUAUAAUUAUAUUUAUGUUUAAGAUUUGAUAUAUAUAAUGAGCCUUUGAUUUGUUUGUAGUGUAACCUUUUAAAAAAUGUCACUUAAAAGUAAAUUGUCUACUGCAUACAACUAAC